AUGUACGACGAAGAGAAUAGCAAAAAAGUAACGAUGGACGACAUCGAAUUGAGCCAUGGAUCAAGCAAAACCAUGAAACAUUCAAUACGCAUGUUGUUAAAUUCAUGCUUCGAACCAGCAUAUUUCAAAAAUACAAUUAACGUUGCAAGAUAA